AUGGAAAUGGACAUGAACUCCUCGAUUGGGGAGACAACAGCGGGCUACCCGGACUACAGCUCAGAGACGGACGCUCCGCUCUGCAACAGAGAAACAAAUCACAACUUUGGGGUCAAACUCUCUACCUUCUACCUGCUGAUUUUCACACUGAGCGUGGUGGGAAACAGCUUGGUCCUCUAUAUCAUCUGCAAGUUCGAGAAACUCAACACGGUGGGGAACAUCUUCCUCCUCAACCUGGUGGUGUCGGACCUGGUCUUCAUGUCCAGUCUGCCCUUCUGGGCCGUAUACCACCACGCGUCCAGCUGGGUCUUUGGCCGGGUCUGGUGUAAGAUUGUGGGCAGCGCCUACUUCCUGGGUUUCUACAGCUCGAUCCUGUUCCUCACUCUCAUGACCUUUGACCGGUACCUGGCAGUGGUCUACGCCGUGCCGUCCACCAGGCUACGUCGGAGGAGCUACGCCCUCGCCUCAUCCGCCGCUGUGUGGGGCAUCAGCCUCCUGGCGUGCAUCAAGCCGUUUCUACUCUACGACCAGGCCGAGCAUUACUACCAGGGGUUGGUGUGUGAGGAGGUUGGUAUCCCAGAAUCGAUUGUCUCUGAGGAAUUGGAGCUGUCGGGGCCAUACCUCCAGUUAGGUUUGUUUUUCCUAUUUCCUCUCAUUGUUGUUUUUUACUGCUACGUUAGGAUUGCCGUGACGGUCAUCUCCUCUAGGAUGACCAACAAGUACAGGACGGUGAGACUCAUAUUUGUCAUAGUACUGCUGUUCUUUGCAUGCUGGACUCCUUAUAAUGUGGUGGUGAUGCUUCAAGCAGCUGAAGUCGACUGUGUGAAACUCCGUAAACUUGACUAUGCGCUGCAUGUUACUCGUAUGGUCACAUAUCUGUACUUCUGUAUCAAUCCUGCCUUCUACACCUUUGUGGGGAGAAAAUUCCAGAACCACUUCCGGAUUCUGCUGCAGAAACAUAUGCCGUGUUUAAAGAACCAUGUCUCAAUCAAUGGUAGCCGGACACUGUCACAUAUUAGAAACCCUCAAGUGGGCAUGACUAGUCAAACAGAUGUUCUGGUAUGAUAUAGGAGCCCUGUGGCACAGGAAUGUACAUGAAUUAAUGUCUUGGAGUCUCAUAUUAGUUAAUGAACCUUGAAAAAUGUAUGUAGCUAUUCCACUGUGCCUCUGCCUCUGCAUUGCUUACUCUUUG